CCGCGGGAGAGAGAGAGAGAGAGAGGGAUGGCCGCCGUCGCCGGAGCCGGAGCCGGAGCCGGAGGAGGCGACCAGAUGCCGCGCCCGCGCCCUCGCCCUCGCCCGAGGAGGCAGCGGAUCCCCCUCUCCGACCUCACCAACCUCUCCGUCGUCACCCGCUUCCUCAAGCCCAAGGUGAAGCCCCGCACGAGCCCGGCCAGCAGCGCCAGCAGCAUCGGCUCCUCCACUGCCCCCCGCAUCCCCACGCCUCCUCCUCCAUCGGCUCUCUCCGUCGCCGUCUCCGUUGCUGCGGCCAAGGGCAAGGAUAAAGCCACAAGGGAGCUCCAAACCUCCACUACUCAUCUCAACAAGAUUCAAAGGAUCAGUAAACCUAAGGUGAAGACUGGGGGCGUGCUGCCUGGGCCAUCAUCGCCUCCCAGCAAAAACACGAGGAAGAUAGCAAGGAAAGAGCAGCCGCACACAGAGCCUCUGAUCUCCCCCUUAUUUGCCUCCAGCAAAACAAAGGUGAAGACUGGUGGAAAUAUGCUGCCUGACGCAUCAACACUUGCCUGCAAAAAGACGAUGAAGGUAACAAGGGAAAAGCAGCCAUGCAUGGAGCCUUUGAUCUCCCCCGUGUAUCCCUCCAGCAAAACAAAGGCGAGGACUGGAGACGGGCGGUCUGGGGCAUCUUCGCCCUCCAGCAAAAAGACAAGGAAGGUAACAAGCGGGGAAGAAGAGCAGGCAGACAAAAUGGAGCUUUUGGAGGAUACUAGUUGCGACGAGGAGCCCCCGGUGCCGAUGCAGGGUUUCAUCGAGGAGCGCAGGGCCUACUUUGCGGAGGUCGACGCGUUUGAGCUGGUGGAGGAGUUUGCUUCGUCUGGCAGUGAUACAGAGUAGAGGACGCGUAGUAGACAGUAAGGUGGUAGCCUUAGUAAGCAGUGAGCAGUGAGUCGAUGCAUGGUUUGGGACUGUAGGAGUACAUGGUAGCACCCGUAUAUUGGUAGAACUGAAUCCUGAAUCUGAUUCAGUUAGUGAGGGAUAAACGAGAUGUAAAGUUAUUUCAGUAUUUUCGGAGUUGUAUGCCGAGAGACCGGGCUCGGUUCCUCAUGCUUGAA